GACUGAUUCAACCUAUCCUGGUUUCAUUUUGCAAUAGUGUGUCUGCGUAUAGAAAGGUGUGGGCUGGCUGGCACUGACUUGCGCAGGUAUGAAGAGAAAUCCAGCACAGUCCUGAGCUUCAGUCCUGAGAGAGGAGGGGAGCUCCAGCACCUCUGUGUCGGGCACUCUGAUUUCACAGAGGGGGGAAACUCAUACACACCAACACCUGUGAAAAGGAGAGUGGAAGAGGAAACCUUGGGAAGGAGAAAAGGCUGGAGGGAGAGCGACAGAGGGGAGAAUGCGUGAGAAUGUGAAAUAACCUGGAGGAGAUUCUUCUACAGUGGUUUGACCCAUGGGUCUGGGAUUCUAAUGUGGCAUUUCAGGCUCUGGGAUGUACAAGAUGUUGCUGUGUUUCUCAGCAUCACAUUAUAUAUUUGUGACUUAGCCGGAGCCAUCUCUAUCCAUUCUCCCCAGAGGAGCCUCACCAGGUCAGUGCAGGACGAUGUGUUUUUCUCAGUGGAUGUUACCUGCAAUGGGAUCCCCACCAUACAAUGGACCUUUAUGUCAGGAGUGGUGAGCCGCACCAUAGGGACUUGGCAGCCUGGCGUGUACACUAACAUAACAGUGGAUUACAGCAGCAGAGUGCAGCCUUACAACAAUGGCUCUAUUGGCCUGUCAGACCUGCGGCUGCAGGAUGCCGGAUUCUACGUGGUCACUGUUACAGAAACAGCCGGAAGCAGCAAGGACACCGGGUUUGUCCUGAAAGUGAACGAGGUGCUGUAUGAGGAUCUUCAGUACCUGUCUGUCUCUGCCUUGGCACUGGCCUGCUUGGCAGUCAUCCUCAUGCUUGCCGUCUGGCUACUAGACAAGGCCUACAGGAAGAUAGCAGCCUGGAGACGCAGGACACAGAUGCCAGAAAACGAUGCAACAGAGCUGCAGCCUCUGUGAUGGACAUCUGGCUGAAAACACACCACAGACUAUUCAUCAUCCUGUCAGUUCUACAACACAAGGACUGUUUUUUUUUUUGUUUUGUUUUUUUUAAAUGUAGGCGUUAUGUAAAAUAAAUGAAUUGUUUUCUUGCCUGACAGCAAGAUGAUAAGCAAGAGGGUUCUGGGUUCAAACAUAACGGCCGGCUGGGGCCCUUCUGCAUGGGUUCUCUCCGGGUUCUCCGGCUCCCUUCCACAGUCCAAACACUUGCACGUUAGGUUAAUUGUCGACUCUAAAAGUGCCCAUAGAUGUGAAUGUGAGUGGUUGUUUGUCUCUAUGUGUCAGCCCUGUGACAGACUGGCGAGCUGUCCAGGGUGUAGCCCGCCCCUUGCCCAAUGACAGCUGGGAUUGGCUCCAGCUACCCUGUGACCCUAUAAGCAUAAGUGGUAUAGAUAAUGGAUGGAUGGGAAGAUCGCAUAUCAAUUAUGAGAAAGUAUAUCAUGUUUACGUUUUGCAUUGAAUACAUGUUCAGUUACUGUUCACUAUUGACGACACUGGAUUAUAUGUAAAUAGCUCAA